AUGGCCACCACGGCUCUGUACGCCUGCACCAAGUGUAACCAGCGGUACCCAUUCGAGGAGCUCUCCCAGGGCCAGCAGCUCUGCAAGGAGUGUCGCAUCGCACACCCCAUGGUGAAGUGUACGUACUGCCGCUCGGAAUUCCAGCAGGAGAGUAAAACAAACACAAUCUGCAAGAAAUGCGCCCAGAAUGUGAAACAGUUUGGGACGCCCAAGCCCUGUCAGUAUUGUAACAUCAUCGCUGCCUUCAUCGGCACCAAGUGCCAGCGCUGCACCAACUCAGAGAAGAAGUACGGCCCACCGCAAACCUGUGAGCAGUGCAAGCAGCAGUGUGCCUUCGACAGGAAGGAGGAGGGCCGGCGAAAGGUGGACGGUAAGCUGCUGUGCUGGCUGUGUACUCUGUCGUACCGCCGCGUGCUGCAGAAGACCAAGGAUCAGAGGAAGGGCUUUGGCUCCUCCAACUCCUCCUCCUCCCUCGGUGAUAAGGACCAGCACUCCCGACCCCACCACCACCAGCAACACCCGCACAACCGCCACAGCAGCUCCCACCACAAACUGAGUGGGAGUCUGAGUCCGGAGCAGGAGCCAGGACUAUGGAAGCAGAGCCAUAAGUCGUCUUCCAUCCAGAAGGAGACGCCCAAGAAGAAACCAAAACUGGAGCUGAAGCCGUCGAACGGAGACAGGUUAACCAGUACUUUCUCCCUCACCAGUAGCUCCAUCACUCAGUCGAUGGACUCCGGGGGCACGGACAACUUCAUCCUCAUCAGCCAGCUGAAGGAGGAGGUGAUGUCGAUGAAGAGGAUGCUGCAGCAGAGGGACCAGACCAUCCUGGAGAAAGACCGCAAGCUGACGGAGAUCAAAGCCGACUUCCAGUACCAGGAAUCGAACAUGCGGGUCAAGAUGAACAACAUGGACAAGGCCCACAAGGAGUCGAUGGAGCAGCAGCAGACCAAGAACCGGGAGCUGCUGAAGCAGGUCGCCGCGCUCUCCAAGGGGAAGAAGUUCGACCGGUCAGGAAGCUCCCUCACCUAGCGACCAAUCACAGAGCGGCUUCACCCCGGA